AAAUUCUUUGAAUCAUUGAAUGACGUUUUUAGGACAGAAUCCCAGUUUCUUCGUUAUACAUACACAAAGAACAAAACGGUUCAGAACGAGCACUUUUAUUUGCAACCGGCCAACCCAAUUGCUUCAGGAUCUUUUUGCGAACAAUCAGCAAAAUCUCGCGCCUAAUUACACAAAAGCUUUUGUAAAACCCUAAUUCCACACAAUCCAAAGCCCUGAUCAAGAUGGAUGGUCAUUCCGCACAUUCAACCGCACCCGUGCGUUCCAGGAGUUCUCAAUCACCCUCCCCAUCACAUUCUGCCUCUGCUUCCGUUUGUUCAUCUGCGCACAAGCGCAAGUUAGCCUCCGAUGAUCACGCUCCGGCCUUCCCAUUCUCCUUCUCCGACACCCGAGAUGGGGCUCUUACCUCCAACGACGAUCUUGAGAGCAUCAGUGCUCGGGGUGCCGAUUCCGACUCCGAGGAGGAUUCAGAAGUGGGUGACGACGAGGAAGAGGAAGAUAACGAUUCAAUGAGGGUUUUCACAACUGCCAGAUUGGAAACCAAUGUUAAUUCUAGGAACACAAAGCUGAAGUCGGAGAAUUCGUCGAUGAAAAUGGAUUCUUCAGGGCUAACAGAAAUGGGUAAGGAAGAACGUGGGCCGACUGCAUCAGCUGCUUCAGGUCCAGUGCAACCUGCAGCUGGUAAUUCGUUUUCCGGGAGUGCGGUGAAAGAGGACCCAGUAAAGGGCAUUUUCACAGAGAAUAUACAGACAAGUGGGGCUUACAGUGCAAGGGAGGAGAGCUUGAAGAGAGAGGAAGAAGCGGGACGACUCAAGUUUGUGUGCCUGAGCAAUGAUGGAGUUGAUCAACAUAUGGUUUGGUUGAUAGGAUUGAAGAAUAUCUUUGCUAGACAACUACCAAAUAUGCCCAAGGAAUAUAUUGUUCGUCUUGUUAUGGACAGAAGUCACAAGUCCGUGAUGGUUAUCGGGAACAAUCAGGUUGUUGGGGGCAUUACAUAUCGCCCAUAUGUCAGUCAAAAAUUUGGGGAGAUAGCUUUUUGUGCAAUUACGGCAGAUGAACAAGUUAAAGGCUAUGGCACCAGGCUUAUGAAUCACUUAAAGCAGCAUGCUCGUGAUGUUGAUGGGCUCACUCAUUUUCUAACUUAUGCAGACAAUAAUGCUGUUGGCUAUUUUGUCAAACAGGGUUUCACAAAAGAGAUUGAUUUGGACAAAGAUAGAUGGCAAGGGUAUAUUAAAGACUACGAUGGAGGAAUCCUUAUGGAAUGCAAAAUUGAUCCUAAGCUUCCAUACACUGAUUUAUCAACCAUGAUUCGACGGCAGAGGCAGGCAAUUGAUGAAAAGAUAAGAGAACUCUCCAACUGUCACAUUGUCUACCCAGGAGUUGACUUCCAAAAGAAAGAAGCUGGUAUUCCCAGAAAAAUAAUCAAAGUUGAGGAUAUCCCUGGUUUGAGGGAAGCUGGAUGGACUCCAGAUCAGUGGGGUCAUUCAAGGUUUAGAACAGUACUUCCUUCGACAGAUAGUUCCAACUAUCGCGAAUCACUGAAUUCCUUCAUGCGCUCGCUAUUAAAGGUCUCUUUUAAAUGCUUUGGCUUUCAAUGUAAACAGAUAAUGCAUGAUCAUCCUGAUUCUUGGCCAUUCAAGGAGCCUGUUGAUGGACGUGAUGUGCCUGAUUAUUAUGAUAUCAUCAAAGACCCUAUGGAUUUAAAAACAAUGUCAAAGAGGCUGGAGUCUGGACAAUACUAUGUUACAUUUGAGAUGUUUGUUGCAGAUGUCAAGAGGAUGUUUGCCAAUGCACGCACCUACAACUCACCUGACACCAUCUACUAUAAAUGUGCAACCAGGCUGGAAAAUCAUUUCUCAACCAAAGUCCAGGUUCAUCUUCAAUCCAAACUUCAGCAAUAAUGAAAUUCAAAUACCAUGAAUGUGACUCUGUUGUUCAUGUGGUUGCGUUCUGAUUCUGAUCAUUUCAGCGCUUGCACUGUAUCAUUUCUGCUGUCAAAGUGGUUCUAAAAUAUUCCUGCAAUGAUUGUACGGUAAUAGUACAAAAAGGUUUACAAGUAUGCCAAAAAAAUUCAGUGUAUUUUAUUUUAAAUGCUAUCUGCAAUAUCUGGCACAAAAUGACCAAAUCUAGUGGUGGUAAUUUUGAGUCUUGUAAUUGAGUACCUGUAUUCGUGGACAUAGGAAUUCAGGCCCGGGUGUACAAGGUUUGGAAUUUCUGUCAUGUAUUUUUAUGCAUUUCUUAUGAUUCUAAAUUCAGAAAGAGAGUUCUUACCAAUAAGAAUUAUUUCUGUUUUCCA